AUGAAGGGUCUUCGUCUUUGGUAUUUUCUUACUGGUGAUCUGCCAUGUUCACCCAAGCCUGUAUGCCCUAUUCAGCCAGUGAUUCCCGAGAAUGCUUCAGAGGAUGACAAGGCGCAGCUGCUUGCCUCUUAUGAUGAUAAUCUGUUAGCUUAUGAUACAGAUUUUGUUGCAUACAGGACUUGGUUGGAUGAGGAUGCUCGUGCUGCCUCUAUUCUUGUUGCCAGUAUGGAGGAGUGUCUUGCUGCAGAUAUUGUUUACUUUGACUUUUCACAUCAGAUGUGGACUUCUCUUCAUGAUCUUUAUGAGCCAUCUGGUCAGUCAUUGUAUAUUGAUGCUUUACGCCAGGAGCAGCUGUUACAGCAGGGUGAUGCCACAGUUGAGGAGUUCUAUGCACAUAUGUCUGCUGUGUGGCGUCAGCUUGAUUCUCUUAGUCCUCAGUUGUCAGUUGCCACUUGUGAGUCCUGCAGGGGUCAGAAGAAUGCUUUGUUUGUACGGCAUACAUAUGACUUCUUGACCCGUCUUCGUGCUGAGUUUGAGCUACUUCAUGCUCAGCUGCUUGCUCGUCAGCCAUGUGUGUCUCUGAUGGAUGCUCUUGCUGCUAUUCAUAAUGAAGAGACAUGUCUUCGUACUGCAGGCCUGCUACAGUCUCCUUCUGCCUUGGCUGUUCGUUCGCCUCCUCCUCCGCCCGCGGCGCCUUCUUCAAUGGUGCCCUCUUCUAGGGUUGGAGGGAGUGGCAGUCUUCAUUGCAAGUAUUGUGAUAAGGAUGGACAUGUGGAGGAUUAUUGUUACAUGAAGAAGAAGGCUCAGGGUCGUCGUGGUGGUCGUACUUCACAGGGUGGCAGUAGUGCUAGUAGUCCUGGUACUGGAGGUUCUCAGAGGGGUUCUGCUGGUUCUGAGACACAGGAGAUCCUCAUGUUGCUUCGUCGCCUUGCUGCCUCUACACCUCCUGGAGUUGUUGGUUCUAUUACUCCGGCCUCUGCACCGUCAAAUCUUGCUGCUGCUGCUUCUCAGUCUUCCACUGAGGGACCACUUUCCACUUCCGCUCUAGGUACUUUUCCAUGGAUUCUUGAUUCUGGUGCAUCUUUUCAUAUGACUCAUGAUCGUACCAAUCUUUCUUCCAUUAGUACUCCAUCUAUCCCUAUCACUGUUCAUACUGCAGAUGGAUCACCCCUUUCUGUUGCAGGACGAGGCACUCUUUUGUCCGACUCUUUUCAUGUUCCUGCUGUUUCUUAUGUUCCCAAACUGACCAUGCAGCUUAUCUCAGCUGGCCAGCUCACUGAUCAUGGUUGUCGUGUCAUUCUCGACUCUGACUCUUGUUGUGUUCAGGAUCAUAGCACGGGUCUCCUGGUUGGUACUAGCCCUCGUCGACGUGAUUCUCAGCGCCUUUAG